GUGCCAUUGGAAAUCCGUGUCACAGAGCGUGAUGGUGAUAAAUUGAUCUACAGUAGCGAUUACGGAAGUCCAAAUUCACCGAAUUAUGUGGAUAUCGUUGAUAAAUUCAAGAAAGGAUUAGGUGAACUGAUUAAAAAGACCACAUCAGGACCAUCGUUUGUAGCUGAUGAUGUAAAUUACAUCACUAAUCCUAAAAUUAAAAACAGCACAUGGGAUAAAGGAUUGCUGGUCAACGCAACCGCUGAUUUUAAGUCACCAGUCGACAAGUGUGAAUUCUGGAAAGAGCUCUCGGAACAAAUCAAAUCCUAUAGUAAUAAACUUGGAAGCAGCAAACUUACGGUUGCUUCGGAUAUAGAUCAGUUGGACCCAUGCAGAAAAGAAGAACACAAAGGUAAGGUGUGCGGCACAACAUACUGCCAACCAGAACUUGGUGAGGUUUGUAUUGCUGGUAAGGUGUGCGGCUGUCCAAAUGGACAGAAGAGAACUGGUCUUGAUAAACCAUGUAAACAGGUAGAAUCAUGGAAUUUGCCGUUGUGGGUGGCUCGUGAGGGCAACACGACGUUGAAAUACACGAAUGAUUUGGCAAAUCCACUGGAUGAAAUGCACAAAAAAUUAGUGAGCGGAUUCGAGAAGGGUAUUGCUGAGUCGUACGCAAAAACGCCACUCAAAGAUGGCUUCGUUGUUGCAGAAGUUAACGAUAUCGUUAAUCCAAAUACCAUCAAUAAGGCAAGUUUCGCUGAUAACGAUUAG